AUAUUAAAAUAAAAAUAAUAUUUUGUAUAAAUUAAAAAAAAAAAAAAUGUUGCGCUUCAGACCUUCGGUCAGAUUUUUUUGCUCCAAAAGUUUGGAGAUAAAAAAAUCAGUGUUCAUAUCACAGUCCCAGGACAUCUUCACAAACCUGGCUUUAGAAGACUGGCUCUACCGGAACUACGACUUAUCAAAGAACCACGUGUUGUUACUCUGGAAGAGCAACCCUUGUGUGGUAAUAGGGCGCCACCAGAACCCCUGGAUGGAAGCUAACGUCCAAGCUCUUGAAGAGAAGAACAUCAACCUGGUCAGGAGGAACAGCGGAGGAGGAACUGUCUUCCACGACCACGGGAACCUCAAUCUCUCCUUCCUGACGACUAGAGAGAAGUACAACAGGAGGUACAACCUGGAGAUUAUCACCAGGGCUCUCUACAGACACUGGGGCAUCCAGAGUCACAUUAAUAAGCGGGAGGAUAUUGUGAUUCAGGGAGACUAUAAGAUCUCUGGGACUGCUGCUAAGCUUGGGAGGCCUAAUGCUUAUCAUCACUGUACUCUGCUGAUCAGUUCUGAUAAGAAGACUCUUAAGAUGGCUCUGGAGAAAAAGGAGAUUGGCAUUGUGACCAAUGCUACUGAGUCUACUAGGUCGCAAGUUAAGAAUCUGAAGGAGAUUAAUUCGAGGGUUAAUUUUGAUGAACUGGUUGAUGCGGUGGGAUGGGAGUUUCUUAGGACUGAUCCUCUGGUGGUUAAAGAUGGCGGGGAUGCGCUGGUUGCUAAGCAGAAGGGCUUUCAGAUGGUUAAUCCUACUGAGGAUUGGUUUCCAGGUCUAAAUAAAUUAAUCUCAGAAUUCCGUUCCUGGGAUUGGAUUUACGGAAAAACCCCCAGCUUCACAGUAAACCGUCUCCUAAAACUCUGUUCCGGAAAUUCAUCAUCAGACCUGGUAAACCUGACCCUAACAGUAGAAAAAGGAAUAAUAGAAGACAUAAAGAUGUCCUUACCGUCAGACUUGAGUAGCUCGGCAAGCAGCGAGGCGAGUGUUAUCAGCAAUUUACGUGGUACCCGGUAUCAUCACAAAGUUAUUGAUAAAAUAAUAGCAGCACUUGGGUGCAUCGCCAUCGUCCCUUCUCAGUGUGAGCAAAUAGAUAAUAUCGCAUUGCAAUAAUAACAAAGUGCACAAAGAGUUUUCUGGCGCGUGCGCACUAGAGAGAGUGUAUUAAUGCACUCAGCUUGGUAAGAUAUUCCAACCGGCGUUUCGUCAUUGGUCUUUCCAGCUGACAUAAACCGAGGCCGUUUAUUAUUACAAUUAAGCUAAUUAAUCAUCAGCUAAACAAUCUUAAUUAUUUUUGUUUUUAAGAACAAAGCUGGUAAAUGAGGCUCAUACCCAAAUACUAACUAUUAAACCCUAAAAUUUGCUAGCUCAUGAGCUACCUUAAGGGCUUAGAUUUUUUUCAUUCGCAACAACAAUUUAAAUUAAUUAAAACUUAGCUUUGUUUUAAGGGGGGCGGGGGGGGGGCGAUACAUGUGAAAUUUUUUUUUUUUUUUGCAUUGUUAGUAUAAUAUCCAAAAAAUAUUUUGUAAGUUAUAAUUCGUUAAAAGUUCUCAACUGAUUCCAAUGAAAUUUUUUACACGUCUACUUUAUAGUAAUAGCUUUUAGUUAAGCCUUUAACAUUCCAAAAAAAUUUACAAAAAUUAACCCUUUUUACCAAAAAACUAUUGAAAAAAUGGGUAAAAAACUUUUUUUUGUGUGCCAAUUUACGAUUUUUUGACUUUAACUAGAAGAUAUAUGCUUUAAGAACACGUGCAAGCUAAUUUUUUUAAUUUCAAAUCAGAGAAGUUAGAACGUCCGCAAAUUGAUGUAUUUUUCCGACAGGGUCUCGGUAGAUUCAUUUUUACGGCGGCCAUUUUGAAAAAAAAAAAAUUUUUUUUUUUUUCAGUACUUCAAUGCACAAUAAAUAACCCUCGAAAAUUUCAAAAUUAUUCGAUAAUUCCUUCUGAAUUAAAAAAAUAAAAAAAAUGCUGAGAAAACGGUAAAAAUAAAGGCGCUCCCCUUAAAGAACAAAGCUUGUAAUUGAGGCACUAACUAUAAAACCGAAAAAUUUGGUAGCUGAUUAGUCAUGAGUUAGCUUAUUAUGGUAUAGAUUUUUUUCGAUCGCAACAACAAAUCUCUACAAAUGAGACACUAAAAAACACGGAUUUUCUGACGAUAAAAUACCAAAAGCGACUUUGACAGCAAUGUCAAAGCUCAAUACUUGGUAUUAAUGUCGGUUGAUGACAAUUCGUCAUUUGGUAGUUGUCAUUGUGCAGUAAGCAGUGGGAGAAGCUAGUGGAGUAUCUUAACAGUGGGGUUGUUACGUAGUGGGGCGACCAAUCAGCAAAGUAGGUCACAAGCCUGGACCAAUGAGACCUAGAGGUCGUGGUCACGUGGGUUUGUUGUUAUCUAUCAGCUGUUUAAGCUGGUGGUGGCCCGGUCGGCCGGCCGGCAGAGUGAAAGCCGCUGAGAGUUGGCUCAGUCCCACCCGGUCGCUCUCAGCUGUGCGUCACAUGGUGAUACCGUCAACAGACCAUACAUUGGCCUCGAGUUGUUGACUUAGCCGUCAGUUGUUUUCUUUAACAAUAUUUAAAUAUGCUCCAGAGGGAA